AUACGUUCUGACUUACGUCAGUGUGGGUGUUUCGGUUUCAGUGUGGCGGCCAUUAUUCUACGUUUAAUUAUUUAGUUUUUUUGCUGUUUAGUGCUUUACCAAACAAAGAACUUGAAUAUUUUAGAUAUAUUCUCUAAAGCCAUACUUUUGGACAAAAUACGUUUAUAGUACAAAUAUGAAUCCAGAAUACGACUAUCUGUUCAAGCUGCUCCUUAUCGGAGACUCUGGAGUGGGCAAGUCCUGUCUUCUACUCAGAUUCGCCGAUGACACAUACACAGAGAGCUACAUCAGUACUAUUGGUGUGGACUUCAAAAUUAGGACUGUAGAAUUAGACGGCAAGACAAUAAAACUACAGAUAUGGGACACGGCAGGUCAGGAGCGGUUUAGAACCAUCACCUCGUCAUACUACAGAGGGGCACAUGGCAUUAUUAUUGUCUAUGACUGCACAGACCAGGAUUCGUUCAGCAACGUAAAGCAGUGGCUUGAAGAGAUCGACCGCUACGCGUGCGACAAUGUGAACAAGCUGCUAGUCGGCAACAAGUGCGAUCUCACCACCAAGAAAGUGGUCGAUUACACCACGGCCAAUCAAUACGCGGAGCAGCUCGGCAUCCCGUUCCUCGAGACGUCGGCCAAGAACUCGACGAACGUGGAGCAAGCCUUCAUGACCAUGGCGGCCGAGAUCAAGGCGCGCGUGGGGCCGCCCUCGGCCGGCGCCGCGCCCGCCGGCACGGCCGUCAAGAUCGAGCAGGGCCGCCCCAUCGACACCGGCAAGUCCUCGUGCUGCUGAACACCAAGCUGGCGGCUUGGCUCGGGCGCUGUGCGAUGCGCCGGCCGCACCACACAUAACAAAUGCAAUUACCACAAAUCGUUUCAUCGCAUCGUUAAUUAUAAACUAAUAUAGUGCCCGACCGGCGGCGGCACAGUACGCAAAAGGUAAUAAAAUUAAUACAAGACGAGAAUGGUUGUCCCUACAUGUUUCCUGAUCUGGAAAUGGGAUGUAAUAAGUAAUUACAAUCAAGUUAAUAAAUAAUGUUCAGCAUUUUAAAUCUAUUUCUAUGUCUAAAAUUCGAUUUAUGCUUGUCUCAUUUAAUACGUUUUCUAACCUUAAAAUUCACAUGUUCAACAAAAAUUUUAACAAAAUAGAUUUUUAGCUUCAACAAGUCAAUUUUAAAGUUAGAAAAUUGUUUUGAUAUAAGAUAAAUAGACUUAUCACGUCAUCUGGAAUGAAUGCAAUUCUGUUUCAAAGACCCGAAUGAUUCACGAUCCAAAACCGCACCAACUAAUGUUAAAGCCAUGUAUAGUUGGUUCCCUCAACUGUCAAGUCGAACACAAUCUAAAAGCAAGUAUACCAUAGAGAUAUCAAGGUAAUUUACCAUCAACCAUAAUAUUACCAACGGAGAGGUCCUACAGAACUGUCAACAAGAGUAAAAGGGAAAUAGCUAUUAUUUACCCUUAUCCUACGGGCGAAAUCAAAUGGUGUCACCUUGUGUUUGCUCAAUGUCAACAAUGAUCCUAAAUUUUUAGGUAUUUGUCAAGUAUGUAGUGUUAAAAUCCGCUUUUAAUUUCCUCGCAUUGCGUAUAUUCUCUCAGACGCGUGUACAUUCUAUGGUAUACUUGCUUUUAGAAAAAAAGCGCCAUCUAUCGGUAGCGUCCAGCAUUUUAUACGAGUUAAACAACUGUCUCUACCCGUACUGUGCCGCGUGUGGUAUUUAAAUAAGCUGACUUAAGUUGCUAUGUCCGAAUAUCUUGAUAGUUAAAGGGAACGAAAUGGAUGGGUGUAUGUUUAUACAUGUUUAUAUAUAAUGAAUAUUGUAGGUUAAUUUUGUGCUGUUCCGCGAGGUCAAGCCGAUUUCAACUUAGGUCAAAUUUGUAUGUGAGGGCUCGUUUUGUAUGUUCUAAUGUGUGUUAGAUGUGGGGGAGGUAAAUAAGGCUUUUUUACACAGUUAUACUCAUUCGAAUAUCUAGUUGCACAAACGCUUGCUGGUACAAUUAUCUGUAAAGGCAGGGGCGGCUCACUCCGCGAUUCUAUCGUUGCGCUAUAAGUACGUGCCGGCAGCCGCGAGUUUGUGGCCCAUUCAGUGGUGACGACCUUCGCGCGGCGCAAUAGAAUUCAAUGUCGGGUGCUCGCGUGCGGUCCGUUUGUUAAUGUAGGUAAGAAUUUAGAAUGGCGGCAUUUUGUGAACAUCAAAGGAGUACUUGUACUAUUAUAUAUUUUGUGGUAAAGGCUGGCGUCGCCUGCAUUUAUUAUGAAACUGCAUCCAUUGGCGACGCGUCGAAUCGAAUUCACCGUUCAUAGUAAAUGUAUGGAGAACUCGAUUCGAAGCAGCUGAAUUCCUAAGUGGACACCAGGCUUUAUAAUAUGUUACUUUACAAAGGUCUUAAAAAUGUGUCCGACUCUUAUGGAUAUCAAACUUAAGCUGUUCAUAGUAUCAAAUUUGCUCUAAAUUUGACAAAAGAGAAGAGGUAAUUGUGGGCACAUGCUAAUAUAACUGUUAGCUAUGUCAGAGCAUUUGUGAAAGGAUUUUUUUCAUGCGGCUACUGAGACAAUCAAUGUUUAGAAUGGUGCUGCAAAAAAAACAAAAUUGUCAAUCGGAUGGAAAAGUAACUGUCUCAAAAU